AAAAUGUAACAAAGUAUUCAAAAGAAAAAAAAAACUCCAAAAAAUCAAAUCAUUUUCAAAUGCUUAAAAGAAAGAAAAUUCCAACAAAAACGAAAAAACAAUGAAAAUAUGCUUAAAAUAAAGCCGCCAAAUAAACACGCUUCAACGCACAACACUUUAUAAUUUAUAGUUCCUCGAUAGCCAGCUAAAGCUAAAGCAGCAGCAUCAAACAUCAAAACAUUGAAAGUUAACUAAAACCCCUUAGAUAGGCAAAUAUCCACCCUCCCCGUACUACGAACAUCAUCACAACUAGAGCAUCACACAUUCGCAACUAUUGCAAACCAAGAGCGACAAUAGACUAUGGAACGCAUGUGGCGCAAAGUUAAUCACAGCUUCGGUGGUGGUCGCACCAAAAAUCAAGGCCAUAAUUCCGAUACCACCAGUUCGGUGGGUGGUUUCGGUGAUAAUCCCAUGGUGGUUGGCUCCAGCUCAGCCACCGGCCGUCGUCUGGCCACCAGUGGUCAAAUGCCAACGCCGCAUCUGCCGUCCGCGGGCGCACAAACCUCGUCAUCGACAACAACAACAUCAACUGCCAAUGCUGGUGCCCCAGCAACUGCCAAUACCGCCAUGGAUCCGUCAAUGGGUCAAUUUCGUAAAUCAUUGAGUCAACAUGUUCUACAACCUCGCACAGCCUCGUCGGAACGUCGCAGGCGUCGUCGUCGCAAGGCACGGCCCCGAAGAAGUGGUGUCAGCUGUGUUGGCGGUGGAGGUGAUAAUAUGUCCUCUUCCGGUGGCUUUUAUACAAUCAACGAAUCGCACGAAACCAGUCGCUAUCAUCGAACCCAUCGUACGGCCCGUGUUAUGGCCAGUUCAGCACCGUUGGGUACAGUUUUAAUGUAUCCCAACAAGGCGGUCGGACAUCACGAUACAAUGGCUAGCAAUAAUACAAUAACAACGACAACAACAGCAGCAGCUAAUGCUGGAGGUGUGGGUGUCGGUGGCGGCACAACAACGACUAGAACACCUUUAACCGAGACAUCUGUAGGCCCGGGAUCCGGUACAGUGGCUGUAACAUCAACAUCGGCGCCACAAGCACCGGAUAUUUCGUUGCGUCAACGAGCUGUGGCCAAAUUGCGAAUGUUCAAUUUCCAUUUGAAUUGGGAUCUUCAGAUGACUCAUUGCAAGCCCUGUGGCAGCGGCAGCGGUGGCAAUAUUAUAACCCGCCGCCUAUGCCGCAAUCGUCGCCGCGAGGACAACGAAUUAUAUCGUUCGAAUAGCUUUAAGUUUGAACGCUUCGAGCGCAAGGAAUAUUUGGAAGAGCUGGCGGAUACCCUACAAAAGCAGAUUGCUAUCUGUGAUGAUUAUAGUCUGCCCGUGGACUUUGUUAAAAAGCGACCGUCCAGUUUUGAUCCCUGUUUAGCUGAGGCCUUACCAACCAAUCCCGAAAAUUGGGUAGCCGCCAGUCCUCAACAGGAAUUUCUAACCUUUGCCGAGCUACAGCAGCAGCAGCAACAACAAACUGAGCCUCUGGUACCACCACCACCGGCUCCCUUAUCGACUUUACCCUCCAGAGUCAAUGCCCAACUGGUGGCGGCAAAUGCCAACAACGGCGAUCCAAAUACUGUAGCAUCUGUGGCCCAUAGCACAUUGCCCAACCAGCCAGUGGGGCUGCAUGCAUCACAGACCACACAGACUCUUCAGCAGCAGCAACAACAACAACAACACCAACAUCAGAAAAAGUCACAUACUCAACGUAGCCAGACACAGCAACGUUUACCACAUCCGUCGUCAGCCUCAUCAUCGUCGGCUGUUGUAAUAACUGCCACAACAAAUAACAAUUCUACCCUUAACAGUGCCGUAGCAGCAUCGGCUGGAGCUGGGGCAGCUGUGAGUGCAGCUGGAGCCCCCUUGCCACCACCCUUGCCCUCUGGCCUAACCUCAACCAUACACAGCCAUACAUCGGCCAUUAAACAGGCAUCCGUCAAACUCAUCGAAGGCUAUUCGGAUCCCAAAGAUACGAAACGCCACAAAAAAGUCUAUCACAAGAAGGCCAAGCGUAGGGCUCAAACUAAACGUCCUUCGUCCUCCUCGCAGACUUUGCAACAAACGCUAACUAAAACACCAACAGCAGCUGGCAAUAAUCCGCAAACAUUAACAACUCCUCAGAGCAAGGAGAAGGAUAAACGCAGCAAUUACAGCUCAGACUCUUCAGCCCCCAAAUCCUCGGAUGAUGAAGACGACGACAAUCAAUCUGUUAAAGUUCCUGAUUUAAAUUCACCCGACAGCAUUUCUGAUGACCUGGUCAAGCCACUGCCUUCGACCACAAAUCGCAGUCCACGAAAAUUGACCACCUCCCAAUCGGAGUACGGCAGCAAACGUAACCCCUCACCCUAUUACUAUUCAGAUCUACUCAAGGCCAAAGAUCCCACGGCCUCCGGACACCAGCAACUAACCGACAAGGAGGCCAAACAGAAAAGUCGCCAAUCCACUGUCUCCGAACCACCGCCACCAACCAAUCAACUCUAUGCCCAGCCAGGGCAACCCUAUCGCAAAAGCACCAGUCUAGAUGUGCCACCUGAACACACGGAACCGGAACGUGAAGAACAAGAAGACGAAUUUGACAUAACCGAACCGACAACCACCACCAACACCGUUCUCCCACUCGCCGACGAUUCCACGAAACGUUACUCCUUCACCGAGGACGGAGUACACAUUAUACGCUGCGACUCGCCCUCCACCACCACCUCGGAGGAAUCGGACUGCAGUGAAUGCCUGAAACGCCGUGAAUGGCACGCCCGGGCCCUUGCCUUGGUACGCAAGACCUGUAACGUCCAACCUCUGAUACCGGCUGCUGCCGAUUACGGCAACAUUUGCCAGGAGGCCAACGAGGAUUUGAACUGCGGCAACUUUGCGGAAACGACACCGUCAAUGCCACCGCACCGACUGCUGGGACCGGCUGCAGUUUGUGCCUGUGUUGCUCCCUCUAUCGGCGACGAUAUAGACGAGUACUUCCGGCCACGCAGCAUCUUCUAUGUCCAUCCCCAUGGCGUGCAUGAGUGUGACGACUGUGCCCCCGACUCCAAGCAACUGAAUCACAACAGCUCACGCAGCAUCCUCGAUUCGAGCAGUUUGGCCCAAUCGGACAACGCCUUGGACGAGGUCAACUCGGCGCUCGAAGACGACAUGUCGGGCCGUACCAGACAAAUUUACGAAACCGCUUUCGACUGCAAGAUUGCCAAGUCCGACGAUGACUUGGAUGAGGUGGAUCGCAUUACCAACCACUCGGUGCUGCUGCAGCUCAACAAUGGCAACAAUGUGGCACCGUCGAACACCAAGGCUGAAGGACGCUCCUCGUCCAAGUCGCACAAGAGCCGCUUGGAUGGCAAGCGUUUGAAAAACUCCAAAAAUCAGGCCAUCCAAGAUCAGGCCUCCAAUUCGGGUGGCAACAACAGCGGCAGUGGUUCCCCGCUGACCGUGGGCUCUGCGGCGAACCGGAGCACAGACCAGAUGUUGCCCUCCAACAUUUCCGGCCUCUCCACAGACUUAAACAACGUCCACAUCAGGGAGCCUGAGGUGGAUCAACAGAACAACCCCACAACGUCCAGCUCGCAGUUGCCCAUGCGCGGCUACACACCAUCGCCUCCAUCCACAGCGCCACUGCCCAUGAAGUUUCCCGGCAAGCAUGAGCGUUUUUUUAUGAACAGCAUACGAAGUGCACCCAACCUGCCAUCAUCGAAUCCGGCCCAUCCCCGUCUGCGCGAUCUACGUCUUCCACUGCAAUCGAAUCUGGGGCGCCAGCAGCAGCAGCAACAGGCCACUGUGUCCUCGCUGGCCACCAGCAAUGAGAACAGCCUCAACGACAGUGCUUAUGUAAAUCCACCAUCUUCCAUUGUACACCAACACCAACAACAACACAACAACAGUCACAGCCACCACCAUCAUCUCUCAUCCGCACUGCACCAGGGUGGCCCGAACAGUUUAAAUGCCGGCAGCUCUAGGUCCCGCAGCCGACCACGCUCCUUUGUCCUGGAGUCGGGGCGGGUGCUGGAGCUGCGCAAAAGCCAUGCCUCGUCCUCCGCCCACCAUCACCACCACCACCACCAUGCUGGCAAUGGCAGUCGCAGGACGCAUAACUACUCCUCGACCGAGAGCAUAGCCACAUCGAGUAGUGGUGGCAGCAUGGAAUCGUUACGCUCGAGCACGAGCGAAGGCAAUCGUAGCACAUCCAGUUCAGAGUCAAGGCACUCGACCUCGUUGAGUUCACAUAGCUCUGAAUCUGGCAGCUCGAGUGUGGCUUUUCCCCUGAGAGCGCCUGUGGUGAUCCAUUCCAAAUUGCAUAUCCUUAGUCCCAUAUCAGACAAGUCAUCGCAGGAGCCGGCCUCAGAGUUGUCUGAACAGAAUAAGACGCAGAAUGUGACGCCCGAAGAUAAUGCGGGGGCCACGUUGACGCAGCAGCAGCAACAGCAGCAGCAGCAGGCCCAACAGCAACAACAACAAUUACAAGACCGAGAAAACGUGCGACCCACACCUCAGCUACAAAUCGAUGCCCUCAAGAAACGAAGACCACCGGCCAACAAGACGUUGAUGCAACUAACCGAUGAAAUUUUGGGUUCCGAUAGCGGUAUUUCGCUUCACUCCCGGGAGGAUGGUAAACCUUUGAUGGGUUUGCAGAAAUUCACCCUGCCCACAUUGAAUUUUCCACCCAAUGAUAAGGGUGGCAAUAAUCACAGUGAUAUAAGUGCCGUGGGUGGGAUGAGUAGUAGUGUGGGUCUGCCGCAGGAUCUAAGGGAUUUGCCGUUCGAUAUGCCGAAGCUGAGGAGGAGAAAAACACUGCAGCAGGAUGCCUGCACCUCGGGCAGUGCCACUUCUGUGGACCUGGGUGAUUUACCCUUCGACAUGCCAAAGUUAAGACGACGCCUAAGGGCCAAUCAAGCCGAAAUCAACAAUCUCAUGAUGCACAGUACUGAGUCGAGUGGCAUAUCCCAGGCAUCUUCAAGUCAUUCGAUGCGGGAUGACAAUAAAACCGGUUUGAAGUUGGAUUCGGCAAUAUUCCGUCAAAAUCUAACCCUCAACCUCAACGAGCCGAGACAGACCAACAAUAAAUUCGGUAGCUUAGAUUUGCGUGGUCUAAGCAAUAACAAAGAACUUAACUUGAAUCUAAAUCAAGGCUUUGCCAAUGCUGUGGAUCUAAUCGAUGUUUCGAUACCGCUGGAGAGGCAGGGCUGGUAUCACGGUGCCAUAACAAGAAUUGAGGCUGAAACUACACUGCGCCCCCUGGCGGAGGGUAGUUUUCUGGUGCGCAAUUGUGAAUCGACCAAACAGGAUUAUUCGCUGUCAUUGAAGGGAGCCAAAGGCUUCAUGCACAUGCGCAUACAGCGCAACGAAUGCGGUCAAUAUAUACUGGGCCAGUUCAGCCGGCCAUUUGAGACGGUGCCCGACAUGAUAAGGCAUUUCUGUUUGAAUCGACUACCCGUCCGAGGAGCUGAGCACAUGUGCUUAAUAGAGCCGGUCAUUGCCCAACUACUUUAAGGAAUGAAAAUGAAGGAGAAAUCAAACGAAAAACAAAUCCAUAAAUAACAACAACAACAAAAAACAACAAAAUGUCAGCCAUUUUUUAAAAAACAAUAACAUAAUCCCCAAAGUUGCAAACGAAAAUCUUCCAAGAAAAAAUAUGAAAGAAUGAAACCCAACACAGAGAGGACUCUUUUAGAGGCCCCAAUGAUGAUGAUGAUGAUGACGAUGAUGAUAAUAUCAAAGAAAUAACAACAACAAGAUACAUACAUAUACAUAUAUAUAUACUCUAAAGCACCCCCCUCCCCCCAUACUUAAUGUUAGAAACACUUAAGGAUGUCAAAUUUGAUAGCAACAACAGCAACAACAUUUUUUUUUAGUUGUAAUCCACACAGACAAUAUACGAAAGAAAGAAAGAAAGAUAAACAAGAGAUAGUAUUUUAUAAUUUUUAAAUUGAAUAGUAAUCGCCGGAACUCUCUCACUCUAUCGCCUAUUCACUUACACACACACCACCACACAAACAAACUCAGCAACAAGAACAACAACUAACUAACAAUAACUACUAUUACUACUACACUGAUGAAUAAUUAACGAAAUUAAAUAGUGCAGCUCUCAACGUUAGAUGUGAAAUUAAUUUUUACAAAAAUCCUUGGAGAUUGGGGGUCUCUCAUGGAAGAGAAAGAGAAAUUUGGUGUAUAUAAAGAGAGGAGAUCAGCAGAUUUUCAGAGGCGAGGUUUUUGUAUUUUUGACAAAAUAGAAAUUGCUUUACAAUAUUUUCGAUGGCUAUAAAAUUCUAUCUCAGCAGAGUAUUUGGUAGAAAUUUAUUUCAUUUUGGUCGGUUGCUACCGAAAGUGGUCCUUUUUUAACUUUGGGCAAAUAAUAAUGCAAAUUUAAUACAAAAAAAAAAAUUUGAGGCUCCGUAAAGUCCCGGUCUUUGCCAACGAGUUUUUGAUCCAAAUAUUUUGUCAAUUUUUUCUGAAAAUUAAAAAUUUAUUUCUUUUUCGUCAUUUGCUACCGACAGUGGUACUUUUUAAACUUUGGGCAAAGAAUAAUGCAAAUUUAAUACAAAAUAAAAUUUGUAUGCUCCGUAAAGUUCCGGUCUUUGCCAACGAGUUUUUGACCCAAAUAUUUUGUCAAUUUUUUUUCCGAAAAUUAAAAUUUGGUCGGAAAUUUAAUUCAUUUUGGUCAUUUGCUACCAAAAGUGGUACUUUUUAAAAUUUGGGCAAACAAUAAUGCAAAUUUAAUACAAAAUAAAAUUUGUAUGCCCCCUCAGAUCAGGAUCCAGACCAAGGAGUUUUUGACCCCAAUAUUUUGAAUAUUUUUUUUUUCGAAAAAUAAAAUUUGGUCGGAAAUUUUUUCCAUUUUGGUAAUUUCCUACCAAAAUUGUUAGCUUUCCACCUUUGUGCAAACAAUAAAAAAAAAUUAGAACAAAAUAAAAUUUGUAUGCUCCAUCAGGCAUCCGUUCCAUACCAACGAGUUUUGACCCAAAUAUUUUGAAUAUAUAUUUUUUUUUUUUUAAAUUAAAAUUUUGUCGGAUAUUUUUCGCACUUCGGAUAUUUUUCAAUAUUUUAAAACAUAGAAAUAUGCCAAACCUAUUUAUCGUUGUAGGGGUUUUCGAAGCCAAAUUGAAAUAUUGGAAAAUAGAAAUAUUGGUCGAAAAUAGUUGCAUUUUUGGGCAUUUCCUACCAAAAACCACAAUUUCUUUCGCAUUUUUUUUUACUUUUAUGGGCCAUUUCUAUCUGAAGUGAUGAAUACUUUUUUUACUGAAUAAAGUUUUUAAAUUCACUAUGUCUCACACACAUUAACAAAAAAAAAAAAAUCGACCAAAAAAAAUUGCUAAUAUUUUUAACUGAAAAUUUUUGGUGAAAUUUUUUUUUUUAAAUUUCGAAAAAAUUUAAUUAAAAUUUACUUUUUUAAUCUUAUAUCUGUGCAAAGAAAAUUUAAAACCAACGUUUUUUAAACGGAUGGAAUUUUUGAUCGAUUUUUUCGAAUAUUUAGACAUAUUCUGCCAAAAAUGGUUGUUUUGUGCAAAUUUGUGCAAAAAAUGAUAACAAAUUUCAAACGAAAUGACAUUCUGUAGCUCUGUAAUUCUCCAAUAUGUAUCAAAUAAUUUUUCUAAGAAUAUUCUGGAAAAAUUUUCGAAAAUUAAAAUUUGGUCGAUUUUUUCAUUUCAUUUUGGAACUACUUAGAAUUUCCAAAAUAUUGAAAUUUGCAAAAGCCAUUUAAUUUUGUAGCACUUUGGAAGCUAAACCGUUACAUAAACAUAAAUUUUUGUUGAAAUUAGUCUCAUUUUGGGCAUUUUCUACUAAAAAUAGUCCAUUUUUAGCAUUUUCUUUUUUUUUUCUUUGCACAAAGAACAAUUCCGUUAGACUUGAGGGAAAUACUUAACAAAAUUAAAUUAUAAACCAAUAAACUCGUUAAAGAAAAAAAAAUUGGCCAAUUUAAAAAAAAAAACAAAAUUUGGUCGGAUUUUUCUUAUUUGCAAAAUUUCAGAAAUUUCUGAAAACUUUGCAAAAGCCUUUUUUGUAGCACAUUAUGAAGCUAAAAUUCAUAUAAACACAAAUUUUAGACAAAAUUUGGGGUGUUCCGACCAAAAAUCGAUGAUACAUUUUUGGUCAAUUUGAUCGAAAAAGUUUUUGCAAUGAAAUAUUGUAUAAAUCUCUUAAAGUGCUAGAAAUUUGAAAAAAUCCAUUAUUGCUGGGAGAUUUUUCGAACAAUAUCUUUCAAUACAGAGACAAUUCAGAAGUAAGGGAUCUUUUUUUGGGGAUUUGGUACCAAAAAUCACCACAAAUUGUUCGAAAAUUUUCUGUUCCCAAUUCCGGAUUUUCGACACUAUUUAUAUUUAGACAAAUAUAGAAAAUUUGUAAAAACAGGAAAAUUGGUAAUUUGGUCGAAUUAAUUUUGGACAUUUUAUACCAAAAAAAAAAAAAAAAAUUAAAAAAAAAACUUUUCUUGAUAUCGUGCUAUUUAAUUGGAAUAUUUUGGAAGAAUUUUUUUAAAUUUGGUCGGAUUGGUCUGUUAUUGGACUUUUUUUUGAAAAAGAGCUAACCCCUCAACUUCUACCAAAAAAAAAAUAAAAAUAAAAAUAUCAACAAAAACUUUGCUUAACAUUGUAUUAUUCAAUUUUUGUUCAGAUUAGUCUGUUUUUGGACCUUUUUCUUGAAGAAGAGCUACACAAAAUUUGGAAAUAGCCGCAAAAUUGAAUUUGGCUAUGCUAUCUUUAGUUCGAACUUUUUCAUCAUAAUGGUCGAAUUUCUAACAACUAUUCUUACGAGUCUGGAUUGAGUCAAUAUUUUCUUCUUCUUCAUUCUUGUUCUCGUAACAAAAUGUCAUGAAAAACUCUUCGAAAAUUUGCUGUUCGUAAUCCCGGAUUUUUAUACAAUUGGAAUAUUUUGGAAGAAUUUUUAAAAUUUUGGUCGGUUUGGUCUAUUUUUGGACCUUUUUUUGAAAAAGAGCUAACCCCUCUACCAAAAAUUUGGAAAUAGCUACAAUAUUGAGUUUGCCUAUAUUAUCUUUAGUUUCGAUCUUUUUCAUCAUAAUGGUCGAAUUUCUAACCAUUAUACUUGUGAGUCAGGAUUGAGUUAAUAUUUUCUUCUUCAUUCUUAAAUUUACUGUUAUUUUGUCUUCUAUAAUUUUGGCGGCUUAUAUCUGAAAGUUUUUCAUUAUGGCAUUUUUGAAAUAAAUGGCAUAAUUUAAUUCAUUACUGAACUUGUCAAAAAAAAAUGGGAAUUAAGAAAAUGAUACAAUAUUUUUUAUUUUUUUCUCUGGCACACGUCUUUGUUUAUUCUGAGAAUUGUGGCCAUUUAUAGCAGCCUCGAACUAAAAAGUACACAGAAAACACGUAUUCUCUCUCUCUCUCUCUCGAUUUUUAUUUGCCAUUGAUUUCAGAGGAUGUCAAGAGAGACUCUUUAUUACCACUAAUGCAUGUAUAUUGACCAAGGCUGAUUUAUAUUAUUAUCUGUCUCUCUCUCCAUUAUACCAUUUAUUCCUCUCUUUGUCAUUGAAAUCCACCCAUCUCUUAACCUAGAUCUCUUGGCGUAGUUUGGUAGCUAUAACUGAGACAUAAAACUGAAGAAGCUAACAUAUUUAACAAAUCUUAAGAAAACUGAUAACUUUGUUGAUUAAUUUUAUGUAAACAGCUUAACAGAAAAAAAUAAAAAAAAAACAACUAAUUGCAGCAGAAGAAAAAAAAAUAGAGAAAAAAGAGCAUAAAAAUUAACAAAAACAAACAAAAAAAGACUCUCAAAGAGCAAAACUAUCUAUCUAUACGUUCGCAUUAAUGAAUCGAUCAUAAUUAAUUGUAAGCUAUGUACGACGUCAGUAUGUAGGUCCAGCACCACAUAUUUUAUUAAUUUUAAGCUUUUGGUUUAAGUUUAAAGGAUGCGAAAUUUCGAAAAUAUAUAUGAGUUAUGUGCAAUAUUUUUUUUAAAUAUUUUUUUUUCUAAUUUUAGCAAUUUUGUUGUGAUUACAAUUUAGUUUAAGAGUUUUUCUUUUUUAAUUUUAGUCAGAUCGUGUGCCAAACAAUAACAAUUCCGUUAGACUUUUUUCGUUUAGCCAAAAAAAAAAAUACGAAAAUCAAAUCGGACUUUCUUUUGAAGUGCAAUAACUAGAGGUUCUAUAAAAAUACAACAAACUAACUUUUGGUUGUUAAAAAUAUUUUUCAUUCAAUAUUUUUCUCUUUAUUCCAUAAUAUUCUUUACUAGAUUUGCAAACAAAAAAGGUAUAAAAAAUACUAAGAUUUCAAAAAAAAAAAGUAACAACAACAUCAUAGAGGGUCUAGUAUACACGAAUCACCUAUCUAACCAUAAAAACAUACAUUUCCAUAUUUCUAGAUUUAAAACAAAAAAUAAAAAAAUAAUGUAACGUCAAACAACAACAAUUAAACAUAUUAUUAUGAUAACAAUAAUAACAACAACAACAACAAAAACAUGAUAUACAUAUUGAAAAAAUGAUUAAUUAUAAACAAAAUUAACAAAUAAACCCCGAAAAUAAAACUGAAUGAAAAAAUAAAAUAAAAAAAUCAACAAACAGAAAAUACAAAAUAAAAUAUUGUAUAGUUUUUAGAAGUUCAUACAUAGAAAUAAAACUGAGAAACAAUUAUUACAUAGAAAACAA